AUGGACGACGAGGAGACGGACGUCCUGCUGGUUGUAGUGGAAGCAUUUGAGCGCCAGAAAAAAGAGCUACAGGAGGCGAGCCGCCACUACUUGACAGGUUGCUGCCAGGUGUUUUCGUCUUCGCUGUCCACCACACAGCGAAACUCCCAGUGCAAUCUGGAGUGCCUCACGUGCACCAUGGCUCCUGAAGAUAAAUACAAGGAUGUUUAA